AUGCCAACCCACAUGCUCACGCUGGGCAAGGAUCCCGCCAUCACGUACGCGUUCAUGGACCAGCUCGCCGCUGCUCGGCCGGGAAUGUACACCGCUUCCACUGCACACUCACCCGAUGAGUUCGAGACGUAUGCGAAGAAUGGGAAGAAUGACAUCGAUUUCGUCCUGUUGGGUGCCGCGCAGACGGAUGACCAAGUCAUAAACGCUAAGAGGAUCGUUGCAAAUGUUUGGGGAAGCGUGAAAGAGACCCUUAGGCAGGUUUUAUCAGACGGGGGCACAUUCAACACAGUCGUUUCGGUAUAUGAUCAUACUCGGUCCGUGCAACAUAGUUUGAUGUGGUCGAUGUGGAUCGUGACGCCUGGACGACCGACAACGGCGUUCCUCGGUGCAAAUGUGAGGUAG